AAGUCAUCGCGCCUCUCAGCAGUCCAGUCUUCGGCCAAAAAACAAUUGGCCAUAAACCCCACCAAAAAUCCACAGCCAGCGGCAACUAUUGUCAUUCCUUUGACCCGAUGAAGAUUUUGAAUGGUUCUUCACUCUUCUGAAUCCUUCCCAUUCUUUCUUCCCUUUCACACCCAUCGCCCAUACAUACAUCCAUUUCCUCUUCUUUUCUUCUACCUUUUCAGUUUCAGUCGUGACUUAGAAUUUUCCACACCUCCUUCUCUAAACGGCUGCCGGCGUCUUCUUUGGCAAAUUAACACGACCAUUGCAGAGUUCCUCCAUCAAAGUUUUGUUCUUGGAUCGGAUUCCCUGCUCGGGGUUCUUCAUAGCUCAGGGGUUUUGUAUGAUUGUUUGAUUGGAGGGUUGGAGUGUUUGUGGUGGUACUUAUGGAUCCGAGAAGCUGAGAAAUGGAUGGUUGAGCAGCUUCUCUGACCAAAACUUAUUUGUUUUCCUCUUUCAACACGAUGAUCAAAAGUCGAAUUAUCGAGCUUUGUAUUGGGGUCUUGGCGUGGUUGCUAUUGAGUGUUAAGUUUAGCCAUGGAGUUCAGUCUGAUAUUGAUUGCUUGAGGAGCAUAAAGGAGUCUCUCCAGGACCCUUUCAAUUAUCUUGGUUCGACAUGGAACUUCAACAACAAUACCGAAGGCUUCAUCUGCAAGUUCACUGGAGUAGACUGCUGGCAUCCAGAUGAGAACAGGGUCUUGAACAUUCGCCUCUCGGACAUGGGUCUCAAAGGCGAGUUCCCACGUGGCCUUAAGAACUGCACAAGCAUAACAGGCCUCGAUCUCUCGAGCAACGAGCUUUCAGGACCUAUCCCUGACAAUAUAGCUUCAAUUGUUAACUUUGUAACCAGUCUUGACCUCUCGGGAAACAAGUUAUCGGGUUCAAUUCCGGCAAACCUUUCGUUUUGCAGUUAUUUGAAUGAGCUGAAACUGGACCAUAACCAGCUAACUGGUCAGAUACCUGGAGAGAUUGGCAAUUUGAACCGGCUCAGGAUGUUUAGUGUUGCCAACAACCAACUGUCUGGUCCUGUCCCGAGGUUUAGAAAUGCCUCCACCAACAUUAAUGCAGAUAGUUAUGCAAAUAAUCCAGGGCUUUGUGGGCCGCCUUUGGAACCAUGCUCUGGUGUCACAAAGAAGUCACACGCCGGAGCUAUCAUAGGGGGUGCUGUUGCCGGGGCAACCGUGGUAGCGAUCGGGGUGGUGAUUUGUUUGUUGCUCUAUCUCCGUAAGGCGGGUGUUAUUAAGAGUAAGAAGGAUGAUGAUCCUGAAGGAAAUAAAUGGGCGAGGAGCUUAAAGGGAAUCAAAGGCACAAAGGUUUCCAUGUUUGAGAAAUCCGUCUCCAAGAUGAAACUGAAUGACCUGUUGAAAGCAACUAAUAACUUCCACAAGGACAACAUCAUUGGUUCUGGGAGAACCGGGACUAUGUACAAAGCACUUCUCGAAGAUGGGACCGCGCUCAUGGUUAAGAGGUUACAGGAUUCUCAGCGCUCCGAGAAAGAAUUUUUGUCAGAAAUGGCUACUCUGGGGAGUGUGAAGCAUCCCAACCUGCUCCCACUUUUAGGAUUCUGCAUAGCCAGCAAAGAAAGGCUUGUUGUAUAUGAGAAUAUGGAGAAUGGUAGCUUGUACAACUACUUGCAUACUGAGGAUGAAGACAGAAAACCAAUGGAAUGGACUCUUAGGCUGAAAAUUGGAAUAAGGGCUGCAAAGGGAUUCGCCUGGCUCCAUCAUAAUUGCAAUCCACGCAUCCUGCACCGAAACAUCAGUUCUAAAUGCAUCAUGUUGGAUGCCAAGUUCGAGCCAAGGAUAUCUGAUUUUGGUCUUGCGAGAUUGAUGAAUCCAAUCGAUACCCAUUUGAGCACGUUUGUGAAUGGAGAGUUUGGUGACCUGGGUUAUGUAGCACCUGAGUAUGCUCGAACCCUGAGGGCAACCCCUAAGGGAGAUGUGUAUAGUUUUGGGAUUGUCCUCCUCGAGUUGGUGACCGGUGAGAAGCCUACACAUGUGAGCAGAGCCCCAGAGGGUUUCAGAGGAAAUUUGGUUGACUGGGUAGCUGAGCUAUCAGCGAAAGGGCAACUCCAUGACGCCAUUGAUCAGUCUCUACUUGGGAAGGGAGUCGAGAAGGAGGUUUUCCAGGUACUGAAAGUUGCUUGCAACUGUGUGGUGGAAGGUCCCAAAGAGAGGCCUUCAAUGUUCGAGGUGUACCAGCUGUUGAGAGCAAUUGGGGAGCAGUAUCAGUUCACGGCGGAGGAUGAGGUCACAUUGCCUAUUGACGGUGGUGAUGCUGACUUCAUCGAGGAAUUGAUCGUUGCUCGGGAAGGUAUCCAGAGUAGUUGACGUGGAAGAAGAUUGGAGUAUAGGUACAGUAACGACAGCCAUUUUGGAGGAAAGAUGGGAUCUUUAGUUAAAAGUCAAAAUGAGUUUUAAUUAUGCAGCAGCUUUGUAAGCUUGUCAGUUGACUGAAAUUCCAUUAAAGAAGCAUCCGAAAAGGAGUUGUGGAGGUGAAUAAUGUCUAUGUUGAGAGAAGGAGCAGCAGAUCACAUCAUCUCUUGAGAGGCACACAAGGAAAGUCGACCAAUCAGGCAAAUCAGGAUCAAGCAGAAAGGGAAAGAAUCAAACACUU